GCUUCUUCUAUGACUAACGUGUACAUUGCUACGGAGUGUGGCAUACGAUGAUGUGCUGAGAUACAUUUAAAUCGCUUACAGCUGAUAGUCUCUUCACAUCUCUCUCGAUGUAUAUCUGGAUUAUAAUCGCAGCAUUUAUCCUGAUAUUGUGCUGCUAUCGAAUCACAGUUCCUCCUUCCCACUUGCGACAUCUCCCCCGUGUCGCGACACUUCCUCUCCUUUGCAGUUAUUUGACUGGAGAGUCUGAAGAUCGUCGGAUCAAGAGGCUCAUCGUCCCAUUUUCGAGGGACACCCAUGAACAUGUUGUUCUAGUGUGGGUCCUUGGCCGUUGGAUGGUGCACAUUUUGAAUUUCGAACUGGCUCGAGAAAUGUGCGAUAACACCGCUCUGUUUCCUAAAGAAACUCCGGACGACGCUUCUCUCUUAUGGCGUUUCGUGGGUUCCGCCAGUCUCCUCAUGUCCAAUGGCAAGCAGUGGCAAAAACAGUCCGUCUUGAUUAACGACGCAUUCAGCACCAAAAUCCCCGUCCAAGCAUUCACAUCCCUCGCUCAUAAUCUUUCCGCCAUUGCGGGAAAGUGCCGCACUGUGCAAUGGGAUAAAUAUGCCCAACGUUUCGCCCUCGACGCGGUGGGUUCGACGGUCCUCGGGCACAACUUCGACGCUAUCGAAACGGACAAUCCAUUUGUCCAAGAGUAUAAUGCUGUCAUGGCCGCUAUUGCCGAUCCUAUAUACCUUAUCUUCCCAUGGAUGGAGCGUACCUUUCCUAGGAAGAAGCUCAUCCGUCGGAUUGAUACCUUGGUCGAGAGGUUCAUGCGGCUCUUAACUGACAAGAAGAACAAUCCGGGAGACGACAUGAUGACUUUUAUGCUCAAGGACCCCGCCAUGUCGCACAAGGAGCUCCGUGAUAACAUGAUCGUGUUAUUCAUCGGCGGACACGAUACGGCCGCCGGUGCGAUAUCGACAUUGUUCUAUUUUCUUGCAUGCCAUCCUGACAUGCAGCGGCGGGCGCGGGAGGAAAUCAUGGAAGUACUGGGCGACGAUCUUGACCCAACCGUCGAACAACUCUCCGGGAUAUCACUGCCGUAUCUCACUGCUUGUAUUCGCGAAGCCAUGCGUAUCAAUACCCCGAUUUCCUACAUCGUUCCUCGUCAGUCGAAUCGACCUGUCCGGCUCGGAAAAUACUUCGUUCCCGCACGUACCUCACUAAUAGUGAAUAUCUACGCCAUUCAUCAUGACGAAGAACGCUGGAAAUCUCCCGAUGCUUUUAUCCCAGAAAGAUUUUUGGAACAAGGAUGGCAGAAAUCCGGAUGGCUUCCGUUCGCUCUGGGGCCACGGCAGUGCCCAGCAAGGAAUUUUGCCAUGUACGAGCAAAGAACAUUGGCAGCCACGUUUCUGCGGGAGUACGAGUGGUCUUUACCUGAGCACUCUAUCCAUAAGGAUUCGUUGAAGAACGCGUUCUCUCCCUUUGCUCUGACCUUACCCCACGACUUGGAUCUGACGUUUAGGCAGAUUUCAAAGGGAGAGAGAAAAAUUGUCGGCGUUCCCAAAUGGAAGUAAAAUUGGCAUCAGUUUGAGGGCAGGAGUUCUUAGUUGGUGUUCAGUUUUUGGCUAAAAAAUGAUGACAUUUACAUGCGACUACCUCAUGUUUGGGAUUAACAUAGAAAGGUCGCUCUUGUGGGAACACAAUUGAACGUCGCCAUACAUUCACAAGGGUCGGACAUCCGUACUGUGGAAAUGAUUUCAGGCCCUGAAAGUAAAUAUGAAGGGAAGAGGAACGCACCGAGGACAUCUGUACGACUAUUGGUAUUGGCACAAGCAACACAAGUGGCAGCUCAGUGUUAGCCGUCCUUCGGGCACGCUUGCAUGCUUGGACUCGAGAGAUUUUUGUCACGUUCAUCGAUGGGGGGGGGCUUGGUUAAAGAUUCCUAAAACACAGUUUUCAAUGGAUAUCUGGAUAUUAUCGGAUCGCUCAAGGUUCUAGAGAUACGCUUGUCAAUGAAAUCUGCCUUAAUACACAGAUUUACG